AUCACUACAAAGAUAGGAGUUCUUUGCAAAAUUCACCUUGACGAGAGACAUAACGCUUGCUGCGCCCCGGCACCAGUGUGGAUGCCCUGGACUGUUAAUGCACUCUGAUCGGCCUCCAGAAGUGUCCCACAGUACCUAUUCUCGCCAUUCUGGUCAUCACUUUGAAUUCUACUACCCUACCCUCAGGUGACCAACCAUCAGACCCCGCUUUUAAAUUCUGUGGGAAUUUUGAAAAUCCCCUUCCUGUUUGCUCAGCAAGGCGUGGAGUACUCAGUGAAUAUUUUCAGGUCACCAUGCCUCCACGUGCCAGGCAAUCCCCAGUAUGGAGCAAUGGCUAGAUUCUGGACCUCAUCAGUAUUUGGUGGGAGGAAGCUGUCCGGUCCCACCUGCGCUCCAGCCGUAGAAAUUACUAUACCUUCGGGUAGAUAUCAAGGGACAUGAUGGAAAGGGCUAUGACCAGAAUGCACAGCAGUGCAGGGUUAAAGUGAAGGAGCUGCAAAAUGCCUACCGUAAAGCCCGCGAGGCAAACGGCCUCUCCGGUGCAACCUGCCAUUUCUACAAAGAGCUGGACGCAGUAUUUGGGGUGACCCCACUUCCACUCCGAGGAUCACCAUGGACACUUCACAGCCCAGUUCAACAAGGCAGGGGGAGGAGGAGGAAAGCAUCAGCAACGGUGCUGAGGAGGAGGGAGACACCACGGCAUCCUUAGAUGCAUGCAGCCAGGAGCUGUUCUCAAGCCAGGAGGAAGGUAGCCAGUCACAGCAGCUGGUGCUUGGGAAAGGAGAAACACCAGAGGAGGUGCCUGAUGCAACCUUGAGAUCUCAGCCGUCUGUGUUAUCUCCGGCCAAAAGACUCCAAAGAAUUAGGAAGAGGCCACGUAGAAGCAAAGAGGACAUGCUGCAUGAAGUAAUGCAGCAGUCCCUUAAUGAAAAUCAAAAAGCGCAAGAGUGGCGGGAGAGUGAAAGGAGGGUCCGCCAGCAGAAUGCGGAUCGCCGGCACCAAAGCAUGGAGCGGCUGCUAAGCAUUAUGGAGCGCCAAGCGGACUCGAUGCAUGCUCUUAUAGCCAUGCAGGCGGAGCACUACCGCGCCCACCUCUCCCUGCAGCCCUUGUCCCAAAACUCUUUCCCUUGUGCCACCAUGUCACCUCCAACCCACUUUCCCCCACAUCCGGGUUCUUAUCACCACCAGCUGCCUCCAACACCUGUAGCUUCACUACCCAGCCCUGGAAACUAUGACCUUUACCCACUGCACUCAACUCCAAUCACCAUGCAUUUUAGCCAGCCUGAAGUGCAGCACUCAUUGUACAGCACUCCAGACAGGAAGGCAGAGUAUGAUAACAGGACAUAUGCAAAUCUGUGAUUGAGCCAUUCACCACACCACCCCCUUGCCCUUUCUGUUUCCCAAGCAGUUGUGUUUCUUUCAAUAAAUGAAUUUUCUUUUAAAUAAAUGGA